GUCAAAGAACAAGCAAUUGCAUUUAGAAAAACACUAAAAGAAAAUAUAUCUCUUCAUCCUUACUCACAAAGUAAAAGAAAUAAAAAGAGUGAAACAAGAAAACCCAAAACCCACAAAAAAAAAUGUCUUUUGCCCAUUUCUUUGAGCAUCUCCCAUGGAUAACCAUCUUUGGUCUCCUAGGUAACACAAUUUCCUUCAUGGUCUUCCUUUCUCCAAUUCCAACAUUUUAUCGAAUUUAUAAGAAGAAAUCAACGGAAGAAUUUCAGAGCAUUCCUUAUGUGGUGGCAUUCUUCAGUGCCAUCCUUUGGCUAUUUUAUGCAUACAUCAAGAAAGAUGUUAUCUUUCUCGUUACAAUUAACUCUUUUGGUGUCUUCAUUGAAACCAUUUAUAUCUCUAUUUUCCUCAUCUAUGCCAACAAGAAAGCUAGGAUGUCAACUGUGAAGAACUUAGCUCUAUUUAAUGUAUUCGGGUUUGGAGUUAUUGUCUUCAUAACAAUGGUCAUUGCACACUCGACUCGUACUCGCUUGUUGAUCCUUGGAUGGAUUUGCCUCGUUUUCUCUUUGUGUGUUUUUGUCGCGCCUCUUGGUGUCAUGAGGAAAGUAAUACGUACAAAAAGUGUGGAGUACAUGCCAUUCUUCCUCUCAUUUUUCCUUACCAUAAGUGCUGUUGUAUGGUUCUUCUAUGGUCUCCUCAAGCAUGACUACUACAUCGCAGUGCCAAAUGUGCUCGGAUUCAGCUUUGGGAUAGUCCAAAUGGUACUAUACAUGAUGUACCGUAACUCAAAGCCAAUUGAGAAGGACAUUGAAGUGGGCAAAACUAAGGAACCUUCAUGUGACCAAAUCAUCAUAGAAGAACCAAUCAAGCUUCAACCAAAGAAUACACAAAACGACAACGUUUUUGCUAUUCAAAUUCCUAACCUAAACAUGCUUAAUGAUGAUCAAUUAAUGAAAAACAUUGCUCAUAAUGACCACACUCCUCAAAUAUCAGUUGCUGGCUAAGCAGCUCACCUAACUUUUUCCAUCUCGUAUUUCAAAUAACCAAUACAUGGGUGUUUGUAAUUGUAUGUAAUUGUCAUGAAGUUUAUGCUUCUUGUGUAGUAUUUCAUCCCAUUCACUAUUUCUCAUCACCUUUCUUUUUGAAUAUUUUUACCCAUAAGUUUUUCUUUUUUUAUUUUCCACUUUUUAGAGCAUAAUUUAAUCUUUGUAAUUGUUGCAAUCAUAUAAGGAAAAAUGGAAAAUGUCAAUAAAAUUUUAGUAAUUUCCUUA